AUGGCUCAACAAAUCGAGGAUCUGAAUGCACAAAAGACAUACACUCUGGUACUCAAACCAAAACGUGCGAGCGUUCUACCUGGCAAGUGGGUGUACACUGUGAAAACAAACACCUACGGAUUUGUUAAUACCUUCAAAGCACGCUGGGUUGUGUGUGGAAAUUUCCAGCAAAAGAAAGAUGACCGGGAAGAUUGCUAUGCCCCUGUGGUCUCCGAAGCACUGAUCAAGAUCGUGCUAAGCCUUAUUGCUAUCUACAAUCUGAAAUGGAGGCAGGUUGACUUCACUGCAGCAUAUUUGAAUGCUUCCCGUGCUCACAGAGAGGUUGUGUAUAUGCAGCAGCCCUCUGGUUUCGAAUAUCAUGACGACGAAGGAGGGAUCAAGUCCUGGGUGUGCUCCCUAGACCAAGCUUUGUAUGGUCUUAGGGACUCUGCAUUCUUAUGGAACGAAGAGCUAGACAAGACCCUUUGUGGUAUGGGGUUCCAACCAAUGGAAGAUGACCCCUGUGUUUACAAGAAAGGUGUCGGAGCAAAGAUGACCAUUCUAAUGCUUCAUGUUGAUGAUUUCAUUGUUGCUGCUCCUUCUGAUAAAGAGAUUGACGCCGUGAUCGCUCAACUAAGCAAGCAUUACCCCCUAAAAGACCUCGGUGAACCGAAACAGUACCUUGGCUGCUUGCUGGAGCGAGACUACGACGCCGGGACUAUUCGGAUGUCCCAGAAAGCCUAUGUCCAAAAGAUCCUGCACAAAGCAGACAUGUUGCACUGUAAAGGAAGGAGUAUCCCAUUACCGGCGACAUGGAACUGGUCCGAAGGCCACGAGGAUGCAACCUCGACCCUCGAAGACAACAACGACUACUUGUCAGUUGUGGGAAGUCUGAACUGGUUGGCAAUGCGUACGCGCCCCGACAUCAGGUUCUAUGUUACAAAGCUACAACACAAAUCUGCGAAUACCACUAUUCACGACCAAGAAGCCAUGGUGCAGGUCCUUCGUUACCUCCGAGAGCAUCCAGAUCGUGCGAUCACACUCGGAAAGAAGAAGGAGUUACAGUUCUAUGCCUAUGCCGACGCUUCACACGGAGACAAUCUGAACUACAAGUCAACUGAGGGCGCAGUCUGGUUCUUUGGAGGUAGUCCAAUCCAAUGGUCAACCAGGAAACAGACUAUUAUGGCCCCGUCAACCACGGCCGCCGAAUGGUGCGCACUUGGUCAGCCUGCACGGGACGGCAUGUGGCUUCGCAAACUUGCCAUAGCCUUUGGUUUUCCCAGAGCAAGCGAUCCGUUGGUGAUCUACACAGAUAACAUCAACACUCAGCUACUCUUGAACAAGAAGACUGGUCGCAACUCGACAAGAUGGCUUAACAUGCGAUAUUUCUUUGUGAAAGAUGCUGCUGCCAAGGGCUACAUUGACCUCGAAAGGGUUGAGAGCAAGGCCAACGUGGCGGAUGGUUUCACGAAGCCACUCGGAGAAGAAGCGUUCCCCGGAUUCAUCACACAGCUAGGGAUGUGA